UGGCUCUGGAGCCACCAGCAGAACCUCUUCAAUAUCUUGCAUGUUACAGAUUUCACUGCUCCCACCAGCUUGGAGACAACAUGUGGUUCUUGACAACUCUGCUCCUUUGGGUUCCAGUUGACGGGCAAGUGGUAGACACCACAAAGGCAGUGAUCACUUUGCAGCCUCCAUGGGUCAGCGUGUUCCAAGAGGAAACCGUAACCUUGCACUGUGAGGUGCUCCAUCUGCCUGGGAGCAGCUCCACACAGUGGUUUCUCAAUGGCACAGCCACUCAGACCUCGACCCCCAGCUACAGAAUCACCUCUGCCAGUGUCAAUGACAGUGGUGAAUACAGGUGCCAGAGAGGUCUCUCAGGGCGAAGUGACCCCAUACAGCUGGAAAUCCACAGAGGCUGGCUACUGCUGCAGGUCUCCAGCAGAGUCUUCACGGAAGGAGAACCUCUGGCCUUGAGGUGUCAUGCGUGGAAGGAUAAGCCGGUGUACAAUGUGCUUUACUAUCGAAAUGGCAAAGCCUUUAAGUUUUUCCACUGGAAUUCUAACCUCACCAUUCUGAAAACCAACAUAAGUCACAAUGGCACCUACCAUUGCUCAGGCAUGGGAAAGCAUCACUACACAUCAGCAGGAAUAUCUGUCACUGUGAAAGAGCUAUUUCCAGCUCCAGUGCUGAAUGCAUCUGUGACAUCCCCACUCCUGGAGGGGAAUCUGGUCACCCUGAGCUGUGAAACAAAGUUGCUCUUGCAGAGGCCUGGUUUGCAGCUUUACUUCUCCUUCUACAUGGGCAGCAAGACCCUGCGAGGCAGGAACACAUCCUCUGAAUACCAAAUACUAACUGCUAGAAGAGAAGACUCUGGGUUAUACUGGUGCGAGGCUGCCACAGAGGAUGGAAAUGUCCUUAAGCGCAGCCCUGAGUUGGAGCUUCAAGUGCUUGGCCUCCAGUUACCAACUCCUGUCUGGUUUCAUGUCCUUUUCUAUCUGGCAGUGGGAAUAAUGUUUUUAGUGAACACUGUUCUCUGGGUGACAAUACGUAAAGAACUGAAAAGAAAGAAAAAGUGGAAUUUAGAAAUCUCUUUGGAUUCUGGUCAUGAGAAGAAGGUAAUUUCCAGCCUUCAAGAAGACAGACAUUUAGAAGAAGAGCUGAAAUGUCAGGAACAAAAAGAACAGCUGCAGGAAGGGAUGCACCGGAAGGAGCCCCAGGGGGCCACGUAGCAGCGGCUCAGUGGGUGGCCAUCGAUCUGGACCGUCCCCUGCCCACUUGCUCCCCGUGAGCACUGCGUACAAACAUCCAAAAGUUCAACAACACCAGAACUGUGUGUCUCAUGGUAUAUAACUCUUAAAGCAAAUAAAUGAACUGACUUCAACUGGGA